AUGAAUUUAGGUCACAGAAUACCCAGGAAGAAGCACACAGAUAAUACGCAGAAAAAAACACAAAGAAACUAUGUAAUGAUAUGGGAUUUAUCACUAGAGAAGGAUGAAGAAGAGGAAGCAGAGUUCAAAGCGCAGACCAUGGAACAAGUUAACACACUUCAAGACUCACCUCCUCAGCUUUUUUCGCUCACCAGGGACAUAUCUAAUGGACAAAAGAAGGCACUUCACUGGCACAACCAGAUUCCAGGGAUGAUCAUCUCUACGGCUGAAGAUGGAUUCAACAUCUUGAUUCCUUACAACAUUCAGAACACAGUUCCUGAAAAGCUUUCUUUUGAGAGUUUUGUAUUGUCCUCCCUGUUUACUACUACAAGAAUUAUACUCUUUCACAACUUGAUGUUUUAUAACCGUUAG